CAGGUGCAACUAAACCCUCCGGUUGGAGCAAGUGAUCUUGGUGCAGAAGUAGAGCAGACAACAUAAUGAAGAACCAAACCCUGGUCAGUUUGUGGGCAGUGCUGUGUGUGGUGAUGGUGCUGAGCUUCGUCGUGUCGGCGGAAGAAACGAACCCGGAUCGAGUCAAGCGGCAGUUUGGCUUUGGUGGUGGAUAUGGACACGGAUAUCCAGGCAUUGGGUAUGGCGGAUACGGUGGAUAUGGUGGAUACGGCCACGGAGGAUACGGUCACGGUCAGCACGGAGGAUAUGGGCUGUACGGAGGAUACGGUCAUGGAUACGGACUUGGUUACGGACAUGGCGGUCAUGGAUACGGACACGGAGGAUACGGUGGUCUCGGAUACGGCGGAUAUGGCCAUGGUCUUGGCUAUGGUCAGCACGGAUUCGGAGGAUUCUUUGGUUAAGGAAGAAGGUCGUAGUUUGCGACGAUUGUGGAGAUGAGUGAGCACUUUUUGUGGGUUAGUUUUCGAUGAAAUUGUGAACCGAAUCAUCAUUUACUGCCAAAUAUACCAAAUCCUACAUGUUUUUUUUUGUAUUAUAAACAAGUGAUUCAAUUUAGGAGCAAACUCAUAAACUUGAAGGAAUUGCGCUCGAAAAGACCACCUGGUCCAUUCAGCGUGUAUUGUUGAGAACAAUUGUAGGUUCAACUUUUACAAAAAGAGCAAUUAAACGUAGUCAACAUCACUCUGAUCUGCGUUCGGUGAUACAUUUUCGCUGUGAAUAAAAACCUGUUCCU